AUGAUGACAAAACCAUUUGGAAAGACUGGGGAUGUGAGUGAGCUGGUGAGCUCCCUCGGCUGGCUGGAGGAGGAGGACGGCAGCUCUCAGGAUGGAGAGGAAAGCCCAGAGAUGAGGGGACGCCAUGGCUUGACUGUAGGGAACCGAAUCCUCUCCUGCACAGAACUGGGCAGUGAGGAUAUGGAGGAAGAAGAGGAAGAUGAUGAGGAGGAGAUGGGAGAAAAUGGUGAAAAUGCUCCCAAGAGGAGAGGCCCCAAGAAGAAGAAGAUGACCAAAGCUAGACAGGAGAGAUUUCGUGCCCGGCGAGUCAAGGCCAAUGCCAGAGAACGUUCACGUAUGCACGGGCUGAAUGAUGCCCUGGAAAGUCUGCGUAGAGUGAUGCCCUGCUACUCCAAGACACAGAAGCUGUCAAAGAUUGAGACUCUACGGCUGGCCCGCAACUACAUCUGGGCUCUGUCAGAGGUGCUUGAGAGUGGCCAGUCCACAGAGAGCCAUGGCUUUGUGGAGAUGCUGUGUAAGGGUCUGUCGCAGCCCACCAGUAACCUCGUAGCCGGCUGCUUGCAGCUGGAACCCAGUCCGAUGAUGCUCAACAAGCUGGAGGACAAGUGUGGAGGCCCAGGGGUCGGUGGUGUGGGGGGUCAGGCUGGCCAUCCCCUCAGCUACCCAUCUCCAGGCCUUCCCAGCCCUCCCUAUGGCUCCCUGGAGGCUUCACACCUCCUCCAUAUGAAGGGAUUCAAGGGGCCUGUGUAUGACAACCCCUCCCCUAACGAGUGCAGCAGUGGCACCCCACCAUACGAUGGGCCCCUCACUCCCCCUCUGAGCAUCAGUGGCAACUUUGCCCUGAAGCAAGAGCCUUCUCCCCAGGAGUCAGAGAGGAACUACACAUCCCACCCUGGUCACCAUGCCCACUACCUCUCCUCCCACCAUUACCCCACUUCCAUGACUGGCGGCCUACCAGGGGGGCCUCAGGGCCACCCACUUUUUCAGGCUUCACGCUAUGAGCUGCCCCUGGAUGUGGCCUUUGACUCCUUCACUCCCUCUCACAUGAUCAACUCUCAGAUGGGCACUAUCUGA